GGAAAUAGGGUUCUGAUUUCUCUCUCUUUCUCACCACCGUUCGCUCUCUCUCUCUCUCUGCCCUCUUCCGUUUCAAUCUCUCUCGGUCUCUCUCUGCAGCCGCCGGUCGCCGCCGCCUCCGCCUCCUCCGGUCGCCAGUGGCCACGGCCUCACCGCCUCGGGCAUCUCCGUCAAGCGCUGCGAUUUGCAAGAGCCAAGCAGGCAGCACAGCAGCAGUGCGCCGCCCAGCCCUCGCCGGCUCGCCCCGCCCCGUUUCCUUCGAUUGACAGCUGCAGUGCGACUGCGCAGCGCCGCCCUCACCUAUUCUUUCCCGCGCCCGCCUCCUUUGGCUUCGGUGCCUCCGGCCGGCGACUCCGCAGCAGCAGCCGUUUCCAACAAAAGUAGAAUUUGUAGGAGAAAAGAUGGAAGGCGAAAAGGUGAAUAUCGAAGAAUUGACUGCUAACCUCUCUACUUACGAAGAUCAACUUCAGCAGGUGCGCAAACUAUUGAAUGAUGACCCGAAGAAUUCCGAGUUUUUGGACAUGGAGAAGGAACUUGUGGAGUUUCAAGGAACUACCUCUGACAGAUGAAAGAUGUUUUUUCCCUUGUGGUUUGUUAAAGGUGAUUGCAUUAACAGAGGAGCUUCUGGAAACUGCAAAACAAAAUGAUGGUAGUUCUGAACUUGUUACUGGCGCUAGUGGUGAAGCAUCUCCUGAUCUGCAACUUUCUGGGAGCACCUUUGAUAAACCAAGAACUACCGCUAUUAAUGGUAAUAAAUUUCCUAUUGGCAUCAAAGUCCAAGCAGUCUGGAGCGAAGAUGGAGAGUGGUAUGACGCAACCAUUGAGGCUCAUACACCCAAUGGGUAUUAUGUCUGCUAUGAUGGAUGGGGUAACAAGGAAGAGGUGGAUCCUGAUAAUGUUAGACCUAUCCAAGAAGACACUGCAAACCCUUUGCUGGAAGCUGAAAAGAUUGCUGUGGCUACUAAAGAAGCCCUUAAACGGAAGAUUGCCCAAUCUGCUAGUAAAGAAUUCGAGACCUGGACUGUUCCUGCGAAACUUCAAAUUGAACCUAAUGAUCCUGAAGAUGUGAAAGCUGCAAAGCGUAAAAAGAUACAUGCAUUUAAGUCCAAAAUGCGCAUGGAAGCAAAAGAAGUUACACAAAAUAAGAGGCAGAAUGCCUGGCAGCAAUUCCAGACCACUAAAGGCAAAGCUAAAAAGGUUGGUUUCUUCUCCGGCCGAAAGCGCGAGAGCAUAUUCAAGUCUCCUGAUGAUCCAUUUGGGAAAGUUGGAGUGACUGGAAGUGGGAAGGGUUUGACAGAGUUUCAGAAAAGAGAAAAACAUUUACAUCUUAAAGGAGCAAAUAUGGAAAGUGCAGAUGAGUAAUGUAAACCAGUUAGAGUUCUCUUACUGUUGUGUAGAUUUUUAUGAGGAUUGUCUUUUCUAUGCAAAUUGUGAUUGCACUAGCAGAGCUAUAUAUGAAGAUGUUGGCUGCCUCAUGAUUGAAAUGUUUUCUAUAGAUGCCAUCCUUAGUAGA